GCCAACAAAAAGCCCGCCCCGGGCCUCAACCACCUCCCUCGUCCCAACCCGCACCCAUCGUCCCUGCAUCGUCACCUGCACAGCGCAACCACAUUCACAAUGGCCUCGAGCUCCAAACCCGAAGGAAGCAUGCUAUGGGGCGGCCGCUUUACCGGCGGCCUCGAUCCCCUUAUGGUCAAGUACAACGAAAGCAUCUACUUCGACCGCGUCCUAUACAAACAAGACAUCCUCGGGAGCAUUGCCUUUGCUCGCGCCAACGCCAAGGCGGGCAUCAUCACCCAGGACGAGUUCCAGCAGAUCGAGCGUGGCCUCCGCGAGGUCGAGAAGGAAUGGCAGGCGGGCACCUUCACCAUUGUUCCCGGCGUCGACGAAGACAUACACACAGCCAAUGAGCGUCGUCUUGGCGAGAUCAUCGGCAAGCAGGUUGCUGGCAAGCUGCACACGGGCCGCAGUCGUAACGAGCAGGUCGUCUGCGACAUGCGCAUGUGGCUGCGAGACGAGCUGCGACAGAUCGAGAGCCACCUCGUCGCCUUCCUCCGCGUCCUUGCCGCGCGCGCUGAGCAGGAGAUUGACCUCGUCAUGCCCGGCUACACGCACCUGCAGCGCGCCCAGCCGAUCCGCUGGAGUCACUGGCUGCUAUCGUAUGGCCUGGCCUUUGCCGCAGACCUCGAGCGCCUGCGCGAAGUCAUAAGCCGCGUCAACCGCAACCCGCUCGGCUGUGGCGCCCUCGCUGGCAAUCCCUUUGGCCUCGACCGCGACAUGAUCACAAAGGAGCUGGGAUUCGACGGCCUGCUGUGGAACUCAAUGGGCGGAGUCGCUGACCGCGACUUCGUCACGGAGACGCUGCAGUGGGGGUCCAUGCUGAUGCAGCAUGUCUCCCGCUGGGCGGAAGAUCUCAUCAUCUACUCGACCGCCGAGUUUGGCUUCGUCCGCCUUGCCGACGCCUAUUCUACUGGUAGCUCCCUGAUGCCGCAGAAGAAGAACCCGGACAGCCUCGAGCUUCUCCGUGGCAAGAGCGGUCGCGCGUUUGGUCACAUGGCGGGCUUCAUGAUGACGCAAAAGGGCCUGCCCAGCACGUACAACAAGGACUUGCAGGAGAGCGUGGAGCCCAUGCUCGACCACGUCAAGACGGUGUCGGACAGUAUUCAGAUCGCCAACGGAGUCUUGGCCACCCUGACCACCAACGCCGAAAAGAUGCGCGCCGCCCUGGAUCCCUUCAUGCUGGCGACGGACGUUGCCGACUACCUCGUCCGCAAGGGCGUGCCCUUCCGUGAGACGCACCACAUCUCGGGCCGCUGCGUCGCCAAAUCGGAAGAGACGGGCAUCCCCAUGAACGAGCUCUCGUACGAGCAGAUGAAGGCUAUCGACCCGCGCUUUGAGGAGGACAUUUCCGAGGCCUUCAACUACGACACGAGCGUGGAGCGCCGGUCUGCCAAGGGCGGCACCAGCAAGUCGAGCGUCAUGGAGCAAAUCAAGGUGCUCGAGGAGAUGCUUGGCUGAGCGGCCAGCCAGGAGGGACGGUGAGGUGGCGUUGUACGACGAGCAGGAGGGCCAUGUACUGUAAUUAUUGGGAAGCAAAAUGGGAUGCAAAAGCGAUCGAUGACGAAUGCCGGGCCAGGCUCGUUGCUUG